CAGCUCGGCGGUCGGUCGACUGCGCUCGCGCCCCUGGCACGCGCCCCCCGCGCCCCGGGAACGCUCCAUCCGCUCCGUGCGGCCCCCGCUGCCUCCCCGGCACUCUCGGGGGACCUGCCCGCCCUGCACCCUGGAGCACCGGGCUGCGAGCCUCUGCCAACUCCUCUGGAUCCUCGCGGCCGUGAGCAGCGGCUGCGGCUCCUGUCCGUCCGAGGGAGGACCCUCGCUGCUGCAUUUGCGCGGUGACUCUGGCUGUACCGUCCACCCUGUGGGUAAGACGGGCGCCGCAGGAACAUGGCAGACGAAGACCUCAUCUUCCGCCUCGAAGGCGUUGAUGGCGGCCAGACCUCCAGGGCUGGCCCCGACGGUGAUUCUGACGCAGACAGCGACGAUGACGAAGGUUACUUUAUCUGCCCCAUCACCGAUGACCCCAGGUCACACCAGAAUGUCAAUUCCAAGGUUAAUAACUACUACAGCAACCUAAUGAAGAGUGAGCAGUACAGCUCCAGCGGGUCACCCGCGAGCUCCUUCCAUUUUAAGGAAGCCUGGAAGCACGCAAUCGAGAAGGCCAAGCACAUGCCUGACCCCUGGGCUGAGUUCCACCUGGAGGACAUUGCCACGGAAUGUGCCACGCGUCACAGGUCAGCAGCUUGUCUAGGGGUACUCUAUCGCCCCAGGCCUCAAUGUGCCACGCGUCACAGGUACAACGCUGUUACUGGGGAGUGGCUGGAAGAUGAAGUUCUGAUCAAGAUGGCGUCUCAGCCCUUUGGCCGUGGAGCGAUGAGGGAGUGCUUCAGGACGAAGAAGCUCUCCAACUUCCUGCACACCCAGCAGUGGAAGGGUGCCUCCAACUACGUGGCAAAGCGCUACAUUGAGUCGGUGGACAGGGACGUGUACUUUGAGGAUGUGUGUCUACAGAUGGAGGCCAAGCUCUGGGGAGAGGAGUAUAAUCGGCACAAGCCCCCCAAGCAGGUGGACAUCAUGCAGAUGUGCGUCGUGGAGCUGAAGGAGAGGCCGGGCAAGACGCUCUUCCACCUGGAGCACUAUAUCGAGGGCAAGUACAUCAAGUACAACUCCAACUCGGGCUUUGUCCGCGACGACAACGUGCGCCUGACACCACAGGCCUUCAGCCACUUCACGUUUGAGCGUUCUGGCCAUCAGCUGAUUGUGGUGGACAUCCAGGGUGUGGGCGACCUCUACACUGACCCACAGAUCCACACCGAGAAGGGCACUGACUUUGGAGAUGGCAACCUAGGUGUCCGGGGGAUGGCUCUCUUCUUCCACUCUCAUGCCUGCAACCGGAUUUGCAAGAGCAUGGGCCUCACGCCCUUCGACCUCUCGCCGAGAGAGAAGGAUGCAGUGAAUCAGAACACCAAGCUGCUGCAAUCUGCCAAGACCAUCUUGAGGGGAACAGAGGAAAAGUGUGGAAGCCCCCGAGUAAGGACCCUGUCUGGGAGCCGGCCUCCACUGCUCCUUCGCCUUUCAGAGAACUCCGGAGACGAGAACAUGAGCGACGUGACCUUCGACUCUCUCCCUUCCUCCCCAUCUUCGGCCACGCCACACAGCCAGAAACUGGACCACCUCCAUUGGCCUGUGUUCAGUGACCUCGAUAACAUGACACCCCGAGACCACGACCAUCUGGACAACCACCGGGACUCUGAGAACAGUGGGGACAGCGGAUACCCCAGUGAGAAGCGGGGUGAGCUGGAUGACCCAGAGCCCCAAGAACACGGCCACUCAAACGGCACCCGGAGGUAUGAGUCGGAUGAAGACAGCCUGGGCAGCUGCGGACGGGUCUGUGUGGAGAAGUGGAAUCUCCUCAACUCCUCCCGCCUCCACCUGCCGAGGCCUUCAACUGUGGCCCUGGAGAUGCAAAGGCUUAAUGCUCUGGACCUUGAAAAGAAAAUCGGGAAGUCCAUUUUGGGGAAGGUCCAUCUGGCCAUGGUACGCUACCAUGAGGGUGGGCGCUUCUGUGAGAAGGAUGAGGAGUGGGACCGCGAGUCGGCCGUCUUCCAUCUGGAACAUGCAGCCGACCUGGGUGAGCUGGAGGCCAUCGUGGGCCUGGGACUCAUGUACUCACAGCUGCCCCACCACAUCCUGGCUGACGUCUCUUUGAAGGAGACGGAAGAGAAUAAAACCAAAGGAUUCAAUUAUCUACUGAAGGCAGCUGAAGCUGGUGACAGACAGUCCAUGAUCCUGGUGGCACGGGCUUUUGACACUGGCCAGAACCUUAGCCCAGACAGGUCCCAAAACUGGCCGGAGGCCCUGCACUGGUACAACACUGCCCUGGAGACGACAGAUUGUGAUGAGGGCGGUGAGUAUGAUGGGAUGCAAGACGAACCCCGGUACACGCUGCUGGCCAGGGAGGCUGAGAUGCUGUUCACAGGUGGCUGCGGGCUAGAGAAGGACCCGCAGAGAUCAGGCGACUUGUACACCCGGGCAGCCGAGGCAGCGAUGGCAGCCAUGAAGGGCCGGCUGGCCAACCAGUACUAUCAGAAGGCGGAGGAGGCCUGGGCCCAGAUGGAGGAAUAACUUGCUGGGAAAAGCCCUGCUGGCCAGUCCCAAGCAAAAGGGCUAGGAGGGAGGAGAAAAAAGACUUAUUUACUUAUUUAGGGUUUUUUGGAGGGGAGGAAGGGCAAGUAUUUUUAGUGUAUUGUAAAUCAAUUUUUGUAUUUCCUUUUUUUCCACUCUUUAAAAUAUCUUUGCUACCAGCAGAGACUCUACUGCUGUCCCCUAGGGCAGCAUUUUGGGGAAGUGGGGAUUGAAAAUGCAGCCUAAUUAACCAACCUAUCGUUCUGAGGUUCUUGUUUUGUGUUAUCAUGAGAUGUAAGAAAGUGCUUUUCUGCUCUGGAUGGAAAACCUUAGGGCCUUGCCCACUGGCCUUUCCAGGCUGGACUGAAAUCUUAGGCCCAUAGGGCCUGUGUUUCCUGAGCCAGGGCUGGGAAGGUAGAGCCGCACAUUAGCUUUCCAUGGGUGUAGUGCGAUGACUUAGUGCACAGGCUGCUUUCUCAGAGCGUUUGGAAGUGUGCAUGGCGCUAUUCUGUGGAUGUGAGAUUGUGUAGUACCCAGGCCCCCUUCUGCCCUAGGGGAGGGCCCGCACGCUGACUGUUUGCUCAUCUUUUAAAUUUCCUUCCUGAAAUGGAGCUGAUUUUCUGGAAUACAGCCGAAUUCUGUUUUUGAGCCUGCUUUCUACAGUGGGCUUCACAAAACAGGUUUGAUUUUCGUAUGCACACAUUUACUACCUCUAAGUCCUCCAUCAGCUAGUGUGGAAGUGGGUGCACCUCACAACUUGUCCGUGUAACAGGACAGGGGCUUGAUACGUUGGAGCCUUUCCUCCAAGCAGACGUGUACUCUGCACCUCAGUGGCAGCAUCCACAAUGUGACUGAAGUACCCCUUGCACACAGUAUUCCUCCGUGUUUUCUUAGCAUCUGAUGUUUUCGUGUAGAAUCUGUUCCACAGGGCACCCCCCUCCGCUCCCCCCUUGGUAUUUUCUGCUUGAAGCUAGGCUGAUUUUCUUGUAAUUUGCAGCAGGAUGUUUUCAGCAGCAGUCCCUUGGGAUAUGUCGAAGCUGUCUGAGAAUGAGAGGGCAAGAACUAUAAACACUCAUUAAUUCCAGUAGUUUCCCUAGGGCCAGGCUAUGGCUAUCUGUAUUUAAUGAGCUUUCCCUUUAAAAGGAAUUCAGAUUUAAUAUCAGUGUGACUUCAGUUGGUGUUUCAAAUAGCAGAGAAAACAGACUGCUUUGAUCAACCGCAAGUGCUAAUGCAGCCUCUCUUUCUUUGUUUAAAAAUCAAAACAUGAAAAAGCAGAGUGUAACAUACAAACCACUCUUAUGUGUUCAUUAAAACAGAUCCUUCAACACGCUAGUGUUAGGUGCUGUGGAGUCAUAAACCUGUGCCAGCAUUAGGUUCCAAAGUUCAGAGUGUGCCCUAAAGGAAAAAUCAAGCACAGUCAAAAGUACCCUUUAAAAAUCCUUUAGACUGCCUAUAAAUGACAGUAUCCCUCAUUUUUGUAUAGGGACUCUAAAGGAAACAGCCAGUUUCCUUUAGAAGUUGGAACUGAUCGCUCUUUUUACAUUGGCACCAGAUCAGGUGGUUGGCUUGUGUUUUUUGUGGGUAUGUUAGAUGUCAGUUGGGAGCAACUUGAUUGUGACUUAUCUAUCCAAAGGAAUCAGCCUCAAAUAAUUCAUGCUUUUUUUGUUAUUGUUAAUUCAGCCAGCCUCCUCUCUCUCUGAGACUUUAUUGUACAAAUAAUUUAGGUUCCCUUACCACCUGUCUCAUUUCUUAGUUAUACAUCAAUGCUUAUCUCUAACACAGGGAUGGCAACUCUUUUGUAAAGAGCCAGAUAGUAAGUAUUUCAAACUUUGCGAGCCGUAUGUUCUCUGUUGCAGCUGUUCCGCCCUGCUGUUGUACUGCAGAAGCAUCGUGAACAAUACCUAAAGACUGAGUGUGGCUGGUGUUCCAGUAAAACUUUACUUACCUAAACAGCCUGCCUGGGCUGGAGUUGCUGAGUCCUGCUCUCAUCCUUGACUGAAAGCUACUGUAUUAAGCCCUGAGGGCAAGAGCUAUGUCAGUUUUUCGGCCUCCAGGGCUCAAAUACACAGUGCCUUGGCACAGAGUAGGCGCUCAAUAAAUGCGUGAACAAAUGGGGGGCCAGCCCUAGUCACUGCACUCACUCUUUGUGGCUCUGGUUCCUCCAACCAGUUAAUGAUUGGCUUGAACCAUUACCCCUGCAAUUCCGUGCCCCACCCCCCCACCCACCCACAUAGCCUUAAUGUCAGCAGGUGGUCCCCUUCUCCUCCAGGGGGCUGGGAUGGCCUGGAUAUAUAGCUAAGCAAAUGCUGCUUUAAGGACCAUUGAGAGUAAAAUGAUGUACAAGAUGUUGAGAUCCUUCUGAACCAGCCAGAGAACUUAUCCCAUGUUCAAAACCUAGUUUUAUGCCUUCUAAAGCUGGUUAGGGCAUCUUCUUUUUCCACAAAUACUGGGUACGCAAAACAACAACAAAAAAGCCCCGGGACAUUGCAGCCUAACUGGGAAGCCCUCAGAGACUGUCUUCAAGUGCGAGAAGCAGGUGAAGGUCCUGGAACUUAGGCGAGUCGGGGUAUAAUCUGAUACUUUCAAUGACAGGUGGAGAAAUUGAGGUUCUGAACGGUAGACUCUUUCACAAUGACACUGCCAGUUAGUGGCUAAACUGGAGCUCGGGUUUGAGAGGUGCUGUUAUUUACAGAUCCUGGGAAUAAAAUUUAAAGUUAAACUAGAGUUUAAUGUUUUCAGUUUUGCUAUAGGUUAAAACAAAAACGGGCUUUAUGCAUGGAAAAAGAAAAAAUAGUCCCAAACCCCAGUGCUUCGGACCAUCCUUGUUCCUUACCUGAGGCAUUGUGGGAAUUUAUCAUCAGAUGCAACCUCGAUGAACUAAGCCAUGUAAACUACCCUUGUAGCUAUUUUAGUGACUUCUUUCCUUUCAUCCCAGCGCAUCUGUCUGCAGUACUAGACACAUUUUACAAAUCAACAAAUGUUUACACAAAUAUAUGCAGCUUGUGUGGGAGAAAGGAGACAAAAUAUGCAUCUACUCUGCAUGGAUUUGUGUCUGUGACUCGUGUUUCUAAGUCUCUGAGGUAACCAUUUAGCCUAGACAAGGUGGAAUAGGGUGGAACCCAGAGAAGUGGCUUGUGUUACAGAUUUAUUUUUACAUAUGUAUUAAGUUCCAUUUUGUCUUCCCAAAUAAAGUGGUUUCUUUCUUUCUGGUCACAAAGUCAAAUGUCUCCUGGUAACAAAUGAGUGAGGUAGUUGGCUGGCGCCGGAGGUAAAUUGGAGGGCUCAGGCCACAUCUGAAAGAGGCAGCCAAGAUUCAGCUCCGAAUGAUUGUCUCCAUGGGGGGUGGGCCCCAUGUUGCCCUGUUUUCUGAUUUUUCAAGAGCUGCUGAAAGUUGGAUUGUUUAAUGCAAGGUCUCCUGAUUUUUAACAUUUCUAAUAAAUUGUGAU